UUAAUGUGGUUAUGUCCAAAAAUGUUACAUUCCAACAUUUUAUGAGGUUACCGAUGGCACCUGGACUUCUGUCUAAAUAUUGCCAGGUUUUWAAAAAAUCACAAGAUUUCACUGCCACUGACAGCGGUGUUUGUUUGCUUUGUCGUUUCAAAAAGUAGCUUGAUGAGUGUCCAAAGUAACAGUGGAAGUUUGGAGGGGACGCCAUCUUGGUCCCAGAUCUCCACGUCCCUUUCUCAGCAACAUAUCACGGCAGGGGUGAAGGCCAAGGGAGGCACCAUGGAGGAGCUGCACAGCCUGGACCCCCGGAGACAGGAGCUGCUGGAGGCUCGCUUCAUGGGCACGGUCACUGGCACUGGGGGCAGUACCGGGGGCAGCACUGGCAGCACCAGCGGGGGAACCAAAGGCAUGAUGAACAAUGACUCUUCAAAUCAAAGUUUUGGAAGCCUGGGGUCCUCCAGUGACAAAGAGUCAGAGAGCUCCGAUGUGAAAAGGGGGAGCUCUCCUGCAUAUUCGACUCCUGAAAAGAAACACUCUGAAUCAUCCAGAGGAAGAAAAAGGAAACCUGAUAUCCAAUCAGAGAGCAGCCAAGGGAAGUCUAUCGUGCGAGGACCCAAAAUUAGUGAUUAUUUUGAUUUCCAAGGAGGGAACGGGUCCAGUCCUGUGAGAGGUCUCCCCCCAGUGAUCCGCUCACCCCAGAACUCACAUUCCCACACCGCGCAGGGUUCCAGUAUUAUGCAAAACAGCUCAUCUCCUACGAGUCUGUCUUUUGGGGACCAUGUGAUGCAUCCUAAGCAGUUAGCAGUCAAAUGUGUGCAGACUGACCUGACGGGGCUCAAGUUGGCUGCCCUUGAAAGUYACAAGAACCUGGACCUUGAGAAAAAAGAAGGCAGAAUAGAUGAUUUGCUUAGGGCAAACUGUGAUCUCAGGAGACAGAUAGAUGAACAACAGAAAUUACUUGAAAAGUACAAAGAACGCUUAAAUAAAUGCAUCACCAUGAGCAAGAAGUUGCUCAUAGAAAAGAGCACCCAGGAAAAGCAGGCGUGCCGGGAGAAGAGUAUGCAGGACAGACUACGGUUAGGCCAUUUUACCACUGUACGACAUGGAGCCUCCUUCACAGAGCAGUGGACAGAUGGCUUUGCCUUCCAAAACCUAGUCAAACAGCAAGAGUGGAUAAACCAACAGAGGGAGGAAAUCGAGAAGCAGAGAAAACUCCUAGCAAAGAGGAAACCCCCAUCCUCCAGCAACUCCCAAGCACCAACCACAAACUCUGAGCCAAAGCAACGCAAAACCAAGGCAGUGAACGGAGCGGAGAACGAUCCCUUUCUCAAGCCCAGCCUACCUCAGCUGUUGACUCUAGCAGAGUACCAUGAGCAGGAGGAGAUUUACAAACUGCGACUCGGGCAUCUCAAAAAGGAAGAAGCUGAAAUCCAGGCGGAGUUGGAGCGUUUGGAGAGAGUACGGAACCUUCACAUUCGGGAACUUAAGAGAAUAAAUAAUGAGGACAGUUCACAAUUCAAAGACCAUCCGACUUUGAACGAGAGGUAUCUACUUCUGCAUCUUCUGGGAAGAGGAGGCUUUAGUGAAGUUUACAAGGCGUUUGACUUGAUUGAGCAACGGUAUGCUGCUGUGAAAAUUCACCAGCUCAACAAGAACUGGAGGGAGGAGAAAAAAGAGAACUAUCACAAACACGCCUGUCGAGAGUACAGAAUACACAAGCAGCUGGACCACCCCAGAAUCGUCAAGCUGUAUGACUACUUCUCACUGGACACAGACACGUUUUGCACAGUUUUGGAGUACUGUGAAGGAAAUGACCUGGACUUCUACUUGAAGCAGCACAAGCUAAUGUCAGAAAAGGAGGCCCGCUCCAUUGUCAUGCAGAUUGUGAAUGCUCUCCGAUACCUGAACGAAAUCAAGCCCCCCAUCAUCCACUAUGACCUCAAGCCAGGUAACAUCCUGCUUGUGGAUGGCACAGCUUGUGGGGAAAUCAAAAUCACAGACUUCGGUUUGUCCAAAAUCAUGGAUGACGACAGCUACGGUGCAGAUGGCAUGGACCUGACCUCACAAGGAGCAGGGACCUACUGGUACUUGCCUCCUGAGUGUUUUGUUGUUGGCAAAGAACCUCCAAAGAUCUCCAACAAGGUGGACGUGUGGUCUGUUGGCAUCAUCUUUUUCCAGUGUUUAUAUGGAAGAAAACCAUUUGGUCACAAUCAGUCUCAGCAGGAUAUCCUGCAGGAGAACACAAUUCUUAAAGCAACCGAAGUUCAGUUUCCUGUCAAGCCUGUUGCCAGUAAUGAAGCAAAGGCCUUUAUAAGGCGUUGCUUGGCAUACAGGAAGGAGGACCGGUUUGAUGUUCACCAACUGGGAAGGGAUUCCUACCUGCUCCCUCACAUGAGGAGGUCCAGCUCUUCAGGGAAUCUGCAGCUGGGCGCUGGUGGCUCAGGACCUGCCUCCUCCAGCAUCAUCUCAUACUGAGGGCCGGCUGUGCACUGACUGAGCCCUGCAGAG